CAAAAAAUAGUAAUUCUUUUAGUCCAAAGCAUUGGAAAUUGCUCUACCAAGCUUUUUGGGCUCACCUGAAACCUAAUAAGGGACGAAAUCCAUGGUCAAAUAUGUGACACAACUUUGAUGUUAAGUUUCAUAUGAGAAUGAACAACACACGAAUCCUUCUUUCCCACCACAUCAUUUAGCCUUCUCCUACUUCCACAAAAUCAGCAUUUUUCUUCCCACAACCACUAUUGACUACCUCCAAAUUUGUUAUAUCUUGCUCUUUCCCACUCAACAAAUUUGAUUCUUCUUCAUUCCUCAACACUUCCAAUGUAUUCCUUACCUCAACACAAGCAUACACCAAACUUGCACCAUAAAGUUUGCCCAAGAAUCAGAUCACCCUUUCACAAUUGCGAGGGGGGCCUGUGUUGUUCCACCACUCUACACCAAAAAUCCAAUGUUAAGCCAUUGGUCAUUGAGCCUAGACUCGUGCCUGUGGUACCAAGGGUCAUUACCACCAUUGAUGAACAUCGUCCAAUUAACAAAGACACUGAUUUGCAAUCAACAUGGUCUCACAGAGCAUGGGUGACAGUUGGGUGCACAACUUUGCUCAUCCUUGGGAGAGUCUAUAAAGGGUGCAAUGAUUCAAACAUGUGGGUUGAACCGAUUAUAGCAAGUUGGGUUGGUUACAUUUUAGCUGAUCUUGGAUCUGGGGUUUACCAUUGGGCUAUUGACAAUUAUGGUGAUGGCUCAACCCCAGUUGUUGGAGCUCAGAUUGAAGCCUUCCAAGGUCAUCACAGGUGGCCUUGGACUAUUACCAGACGUGAAUUUGCUAACAAAUUGCAUUGCAUUGGCACGUGCAGUGACUUCACUGUGCUUCCUAUAGCUAUAUUUUGUCAUGACCCCAUUGUUCAAGGAUUUGUUGGAGUGUGUUCUGGCUGCAUCAUGUUUAGCCAACAGUUUCAUGCUUGGGCACAUGGCACGAAGAGCCGGCUUCCGCCGCCUGUGGUGGGCGUUGCAAGAGAAUGGGCGGGCUUAAGUGGUCCCCAAACGCGGUCACAGCAUGCUGCACACCACCGGCCACCGUAUAACAACAAUUACUGUAUAGUGAGUGGAGUGUGGAAUGAUUUUUUGGACAAGCAUAAGGUCUUUGAAGCCAUGGAAAUGGUACUGUAUUUUAAAACUGGGGUUAGGCCUAGGUCAUGGACUGAACCUGCCCCUGAGUGGAUUGAGGAGAUUGAGACCUCUUCUCAAAUCCAAACCCAAUGAUGUUUAUUCUCUUCUCCAUUAAUUUCUAAAGAUUUUAUUGCACACAUGUGUGUGAAGGGUAGCUUUGGCUCAUGUAAUUUACUCUAUAUCAAAUUAUUAGUUUUUGAGAGGUUAAAUAUAUGAAACAAUGGGAUGUUUCUGUUGUACUUUGUCAUGUGUUAACAUGUGAUCUUGGUGGCAGGUUGAGCCACCCGAAUGGUGUUAA